UAUAAACCAUGUUCAAUGAACACGAUCUGGAGCUCGAGAGCUGUGAUUGUUUAGGAACACUGGUUGUUUUGUUCCAAAUGAAAUGAGUUGUAGGCUGCUCAGAAGUCCAGCUUCUCUCUCCUAUCUAAAUCAGAAGGGUUACAGAUUGUCGUUUCUCUUUCCUCUCCCUUCCUCUUCUCUAUGUGGAUUCCUGCUUCAUGAUUGUCUAUCCUUGUUUUGCCAUCAUUUUGGUUCUUCUGCUGCUAAAACUAUUGGAGCACAAAACCCAUCAGGUUCCCAUUUCAGGAGUCUUGAUGAUGCAUUGCUUUUCUUCGACGGCUUGGUUAGUAAGCAAUCUUUCCCAUCGAUUAAGGAUUUCAAUCGGCUGUUAGGCGCCAUUUCUAAGAUGGAACAGUAUCUCACAGUUCAUUCCCUGUUUAAACAGAUGUGCUCCUUAGGAAUUCAACCGGAUUUGUGUACUUUGAAUAUCUUGAUCAAUUGCUUGUGCCAUCUGGGUUGGGUGGAUUUUGGUUUCUCAGUAUUGGGUAAUGUCCUGAAACGUGGUUAUGAACCAGAUGUUGUUACAUUGAGCACUCUGAUCAAAGGGCUCUGUUCAAAGAAUGAAAUUGGCCGGGCAAUUGAGUUUUUCUACAAAAUGGUGGAGUUAGGGUACCCGUGUAAUGAAGUCACUUAUGGAACAAUGAUUUAUGGGCUUUGCAAGAACAGAAAAGCUGUGAAGGCCCUUGCGUUGUUCAGAGAGGGAGUGCAGAAUGGUGGGUGUAAUCCAGACUUAAUCUUGUAUAGCAUGAUCAUCGACGGUCUCUGCAAAGAGGAGCUGGUAAAUGAGGCUAUGAACCUCUUCAUAGAACUGAAGUGCGGAGGCAUCUCACCUAAUGUUGUUACUUACAGCUCUGUGAUUAAUGGCCUCUGCAAUUUUGGGCGAUGGAAAGAAGCUGGUCGCAUUUUUGAUGAGAUGAUGAAUAAUGGAAUCAGACCUAAUACUAUAACCUUCACCAUUAUGAUCGAUGGUCUUUGCGGAGAAGGGAGGUUUGUGGAAGCACAUAAACUGUUUGAUUUAAUGCUACAAAAAGGUGUGUUGCCUAAUAUCUUCACAUACAAUAGCUUGAUUCAAGGCCUAACCAAUUCAGGCCGAUGGACAGAAGUCACCCGAUUGUUCAGUGAGAUGUUGGAAGGGGGAAUUUCACCAGAUAUUUUUACCUUCAACACUGUGGUUGCUGCUCUUUGUAGAGAAGGGAAGGCCAAAGAAGCUCAUGGGCUCUUUUAUUUGAUGAUUAAGAAAGGUGUGGAACCCGAUUUAAUCACAUACAAUACAUUGAUAGAUGGAUAUUGUUUACUGGGGCAAAUGGAUAAGGCAAUGGAGCUCUUUACUUCCAUGAUGAGUUGGGGAUAUAAGCCUGACACCAUUACCUAUAGUUCACUAAUUAACGGCUAUUGCAAGUGCAGGAGGAUGAGUGAAGCCUUCCAGCUCUUUAAAGAAAUGCCCCGCAAGGGAAUAAUCCUUAAUACUGUUACUUAUAAUUCUCUUAUUCAAGGAUUUUUCCUUUCGGGCCAAGUUGGGUAUGCACAGAAGGUUUUCAAAGAAAUGAAAGUUCAUGGGCACAUUCCAGAUCAAUACACUUACUCUAUAUUGAUGAGUGGGCUAUGCAAAAGCAAGCGUAUUGAUGAUGCACUUAAAUUUUUUCACGAAAUAGAGUCUAAAAACCUUGAUAUUCUUACUUACAGUGCCCUCCUUGAUGGACUGUGGGAGGGGUCUAUGCCGAAAGAGGCUGAGAAAUUGUUCAACUGCAUCUCUUCCAAAGGUUUGGAGCCUGAUUUUAAAACAUAUAGCAUAAUGAUCAAAGGAUUCUGCAAAGAAGGCUUGCUGAGCAAAGCAUGGGAUUUGUUCAUGAAAUUAGAAGAAAAGGGUUGUCCUCCAAAUGAUGUCACUUAUAACAUCUUGGUUCAAGGAUUUCUUCAAAAUAAGGAGGCCAGCAAGGCAUUCAAGCUUCUGAAUGAAAUGUCUCAUAAAGGUUUCUCACCUGAUGCAAAGACUGUAUCUCUGUUAGUGAAUUUGCUUGCAGAAGGGGGGCCUGAACAUGAAUGUUUUGAAUGGCUUAACAGAUUUAUGCCAAAUAAGAACUGACAAGGAAUCAACCAAAAUGACAUAUACACAGAGAAUGUAAUCAGGCUUUUCAGCUUUACCCAUGGAACCAGAAGCAAUUCGUGAUACGUUACUACUUGCAAGGGGCCUCCAAAUCCAGCAUCUGUACUUUUUUUUUCAGACUGCCAACCUGUGAUAGCUUCACUUAACAAGGCUGCUUCAUCUUUGGACCGGGUUGCUCUUUCCAUUGUUGAAGGUAUGUCUUUGCUAAUUCCUUUCUUUUCUUCUGUAUUUUCCAUGUAUGCUCCUUGAACUUGCAAUAGAGAGGCUCACUUUCUUGCCAUAGGAGCUCCAAAGUUGAAAGUGUCGCGGGUUUGGUGGGUUCAGUCUGGAUCAGUAAGAGUGUAACCUGUGUAUGUGGUUUUGGGAUGAGCAGUAGUUGGGUCAUUGGUGUAUCAAUAUUGUAAGAUAUGAAUAUCUGUUAUAUAGAAAAGUCUUGACUUGUGACAG